AUGAUAUAUGGUACAAUCGCUACAAUAGCUUGUAUCAACGCUCUUUCCUGGACGAGUGAGGCCGUUCGAGUAGUCUGCAAUCUCUUAGGAGUAUCAGAUCAUGGAUUCGGUGCAAAACUUGUCAUUCAAGUAUUCGCAGUCGCUGGGGUAUGGCUACUGAAUGUCGCCAUUCAACCUGUUCAGGCUAGUAUCAGGGCGUUGAUUGUGGAUGCAUGUCCAGGCUCUCAAGCAGCUAAAGCAAAUUCUUUUGCAAGUAUUGCGGUCAUUAUUGGAAGUGCAAUCGGAUAUGGUUGUGCUUUUAUUGAAAUGCCCAAAGGACCUGCUUGGUUGACCAAUCCUCAAUUCAAGGGUCUCUGCUUCAUUGCCUCCAUCUCGCUUGGUAUCACUGUCACUAUCACGUCUGUAAUGAUUGAAGAGAAGGCGGUAAAUAUUGAUAAUGAUGGAUCGGAAGAAUCAGGCCUCCAGAAAAUAUGGGUAGAGAUAUAUAAAGCGAUUAGAACACUACCCCCCACGAUCAAAACUAUUAUGGCAGUCCAAUUCUGCGCCUGGUUGGCUUGGUUCCCAUUUCUUUUUAAUAUUGUAUUAUUUCUAAGUAGGCUUUAUGAAUUUCAAACUCUUUCUGAAAAAAUGGGUCCACCCUCGACCAAAUUUUAUAACGGCCUUCGACAGCAGUCAAUUCGACAUGCUACUCUAGCAAUGCUAGUCUUCUCAAUGAUGGCACUCAUCACUAACCUUUGCCUGCCUUAUCUCAUCAUCGAUGCGGAUUCUCCAUCUAACUCAGAACUAGAGUGGCAGAAGGAAGAGCGAUCCACAGGUGCGGAAUCUGGCAUCUUCGUGGCAUUGCGAAAACGACUUGUGAAUCGCCUAACACUUCCCCGGGUGUGGAUGAUCUCACAUAUUAUCAUGGCUUUCGCGCUGUUUGGAAUAACCUUUGGAGGAGACGGUUUCAUGACAAGUGUAUUAUUUGUCUCACUGAUGGGCUUUUCUUGGACACUUACCCAAUGGGCCCCUUUUGCCAUGAUUGCCGCCGAGAUAGCUUCUCCUUCUAUAACAGACUUAAGAAGCCUGGAAACAGACACAGAAGAUCAAUCCGCUAGUCUGGAGAGUGUAACCAACCUGAGACCGAGGGCCGGAAUAACGAUGGCUAUACACAAUAUUGCCAUUGCGACACCACAGAUGCUGUCAGCUAUAGUGGGAGCUCUAAUCUAUUGGGUAUGUAGACAAUCACAUACUGGGGACACUGAUGCCAUGAGAUGGGUGUUGAGGACGGGAAUUGUGGCUGGUAUAUGUGCCGCUUGGUGUGCAAGGAAAUUAUGA